UGUUUUGUUUUAUGUUUUGUUCUAAAAAAAAUCACGUUCUUGAAUUUGUUUGUAUAACAAAUUUAAAUUUAAUUAAAAUGUUAAUAAUUUUUGUGGUUAAAAAACAAUAUUUUCCAUGGUGUUUUCAUAUCAUUAAAUUAAUUUACAUAUUAAAAAUGUUCAUUCAAAAUUAGACGGUGGGCGAAAUUGAAUACGGCGUUUUGGUCUAGAUUAUAUUAUUCCUAACAUGGCAGAUGAAGUUUUAAAUGCUUCAGGAACGUCCGCGCUGUCUGCAUUCGAUAAGUUGAAACUAGGAAGCAGUAACAAUAGUUAUUCAAUAAAUAAUCGCAAUGCUGCCUCAAGUAUUCGUGUUCAAAUCGAUAAAAAUUCACAUGUGAAACCAGCAGCUUCUAUUUCUAACGCAUUAGUGGAUUUUGAAAUAAUCAACAGUCAAAGUGUGCAUGAAAAAUCGAUAAAUUCAAACACAGACCUUAUGUUGUGUAGUGUUGAAAGGAAUACUUUUAAACCAAAUAACGUUAGUAGUCCUUACGAAAAGAGACACCCUUCUGAUUACCCUCCAUGUUCCACCCAACCAAUUUCACUGCCCUUAAAUGAUAAAACAAUGCAAAUUGCUUGUGAAGUGACUACUAAAAGAGAAAAAAAGUCUUCAACACCAUCAUUAUCACAAUCACUCGCUGUAUCACCCAACUCAUCAUCAUCAUCAUCGUCGUCAUCAUCAUUGGCAUCAAUUAAAAUUACGCUUCCAAAAAAAAAUGCUGAAAUGUUUUCCCCACCUUCAUUAAAUCAAAAAACCGUGCAAAAGAAAAUCAAUCAAUGCGAUUCAAUGAAAAUGUUGAAAAGUUCAAAGUGUAACUCAUCAUCUAUAUCACCGUCAUCAUCUUUGUUAGCGACUGUUGUAACAGCAAACACAUCAUAUGUUCAAACAAACUCAAAAUGUUCUUCGUUAAAUCAUAUUUGUGCUCCACCACCUAAUGUGCCUCCUUAUGAUAGUAAAAUUGCUCAUAACAGUGGUAAAAAAUCCAAUUCAAAAGCUAAAAAUCAAAAUUUCGGUCUACCAUUGUUGCCGGGAAGAUUAAUUUCAAAUUCUUUGGAUAAUAAAAAGAAAAUGGAAUCAACAAAGGGCUUGGAAGAGACAACAGAUGAUAGAAAUAAAAUGAAACGCUGCUCCGAUCGUUAUGAUUCAUCGGAAUCUUCUGACAGUGGUGUUGCAACAUCUUUAAGUUGCACAGACUCAAGUACAGCUUCAAGUGAUGUAUCUGAUCCAGGAUCACCAUACAGUGCAGUCUUAAUAGGAGAUGAAUUCAUUCAAAAAUCAAACACAAGCAUAAUGCCUCCUCAAACAAUUCUUGCAACAACAAACGGAAAUGCCGGAAAAUCACCAACAACCACCGCUGCAACGCCAGUACAAAAUGUUCUAAAGGGAAGUAAACAACCACAGAAACAGUCACAAAACAAACCUCAACAACAAGCGAAACUCACAAAAUCACAAACACCAUCACCAUUACAGAAGGGUAAUCAGCACAUCUGGCCAUGGACUACCCACAAUGGUAUUGCUAGCACAGCAGCAAAAUUUACCAGGGAAACGGCAAGUAGUCCAAAGACUAAUGUAUCAACUUGGAACAGCAACAAAAAUAGCAAUAAGCGUCAUUGUCAUACAUCAUCCACUCUAACUGAUAGCGGAGCUAAGAAAACACGUACAUUAAAUGGCAAUCCAAAAGAAUGCAGCAACGGUGCAGGUAAUAUUAAUGGUAAUAAUACUACCUUGCAACCCCCACAAAUUGUAUCAAAUAAUAAACGACUGAAAGCUGCCGCUUUGGAAGAAUCACAAACUAAAAUAACAGGUUAUUUUAAAUCGCAAAUGAAAGUGCAAACACACCAGAGCGGCCUUAAAAAGGACAAUACACUGCCAUCCUCAUCUGCUCUACCAAAUGUUUUACCUUCGGUCACUCUUACAUCCGUAACGUCAUCUUCAUCAUCCAAUAAUACUGUUUCUACAGUAAAAUCCACUAGUUCGAGUUUAAACAAGUAUUUUAGUCUACUUAAUUCACAAUUGAGUGAAGAGCAAGGCCGGGCAGCUACGAAUGCUGCGUCGACCUUGCCAAUAUUACCACCGGCUCUAAAGAAAAUAGAACGAAGUAAGCCUACAAAAAUUGCUCAGGUCGCACCAAAUCUUCGUAAGACAACAGCGGCUCCGCCAUUGUCACACAUUACAGACAAAUCUCCAAAGAAGCAUGUGCCUAUAGCGCCGCGCACAGCAGACUCCAGACAAAGACACGAAGUGUCGGUGCCUUCCCCUUUGAAGGCUUCUAAAACUCCUACUCACCAGCAGCAACCCGCUGUGCUUCUCACUGCCAUACAUAUUCCUCAAUCCAAUCAACCCCCACAGUUGGUGCCAACUUCACCACGUCUGCAACAAAUUACAGUUGAAAAAGCGCAAUCGAACAACAACUCUCCGUCUUCAAAAAUAUCAACAGGGCCGUCACUAUACCAGAUACCGAUGAUGCCAAAUCUAGUCCAAUUUCCAAAUCUAAUUGCUGCUAAUGUUGGUCACCAUCCUGCCACUACUGCUCAGUACUUUCUGAAUGGAGCUGUGUUUAAACUACAACAAUAUACACAUACACCACCACAAAUAGGCGCUUCUAAAGUAUCUUACAGUACGGAUAAUGGGAAUCCAUCAAUAAAUACAGCAACCAUCACCAAUUCUGCAACAUCCAUAGAACAUCAGCAGCAUGCAUCAAACAACAAAAAUACCUCCUCAAUCACUGCCACCAGUUUGCAGGAAAUGCUCUCUAACCAAUUCCAGACUCAUCAGCAGCAACAACAAUCAGUAUCUUCACACAACCAUCGCCUCCAUCAUUCCCAACCAGUAUUUAUGGCAACAACUACUGGCUUGCUUCUAAAUGCCGCCUCACUACCAGCAAUGCUGGGUGGGACAAGCAAACAGACUGUGGCCAUUCAACCACAACAAAUACCCGCUCUUCAGCCCAUUCAAGGCGCUAUGAUGCCUGGCUUGAGUUCCAUUUUCAGCCCUCAUCAAGAGCAACAAAUGCAGCAAUACAAAUCAGACCCAAAUUCAUCACUUGACCCUCAAAUCCCUCCAAUGCAGCAGCAGAUAAAUAUACCUCCUUUAUCGGUGUCAUCAAGUGCGUUCAGCAAAUUGGCAAUAGUAAAUUCUGGGAAUACUACGUUUACACCCUCUGUUCAUCAGGUAUCUACGACACAGCCACCACCGCUAGUGACAAUCUCGUCGGGAAGUCCGAUAGUCAGCGGCUGUGGAUCUAAUUCUAAAAUUUCAGUGCUGCCAUACCAAUUAAACGGUGGACAACAAGAAAGCGUUUCAAAAGCCAAAAGAACUAUGUCAGAUAGUACCAAAAAAGCGUGGCUUGAUUCUAAUCCACGUGUUCUUGCAUCAAGUGCUGUGAUUUCACCUCCAAAAUCACCUCCUGCUCUUAUUUAUCCAUCGCUAAUAACAAAGAAUGACGAGCAACAUAAAAAUGAAGACAUUUUUGACACACUAAAAAAGUCAAAAAAUGAGAAAACUUUUAGUGUUCCGCUUUCCACACACAAUCAGACAAAUGUCAAAGAAAAAAGCCUUUUAGACCAUGAAGAAGAGAUCGCUCAUUUGAAAUGCAAGCAAUAUGCUUCAUUGCUCUCGACUAAAAACACCUCCAAAACCACAAUUUCUGCAGAGAGAACCAAAGACUCACCAACAUCUCCACCAGAAGAGUCUUAUCCCCCUUCGAAGUUGAUCUCUGCUGAAAGUCCGACACUUGAAAUUGUUCAAAAACCAGAGGAAUCAGAGAUGUUAAUAAACUUGACCGAGACGUCAUCCUCUGAUACGUCCUCUAUAAUAGUUAAGCUUUCUCCCACUGUUAACAUUGCUUUAGCUGAAAAUGAUUCUCUGCCAAAGUGUGCAAUUAGUCCAAUACUGUCUCAACCAAAGACAAUCCGCUUCCCAGCCAAACAUGAAUCUAGCCAUCGUUUUGGUCCCAAGGGAAUGCGGCGCCAUGAUGGCGUAUGCUAUUGGGAUAAGUGCAAUAAGAAGCACGAUAGUAGUUCUAAGUUGUUAGAUCAUAUGCAAACACAUCAUGUCAAUACCCAAACAGGACCAUUUGCCUGUUUGUGGUUGUGUUGCAAAGUCUAUGGAAGGGAAUCAUGCUCAAGGCGAUGGUUGGAGCGACAUGUGCUAUCUCAUGGAGGAACAAAACCAUUCAAGUGCAUAGUUGAUGGCUGUGGACUACGUUUUGGAUCACAGUUGGCACUUCAGAAGCAUGUUAACGGACAUUUUGCUGCCACCGAAAGUAAAGAUAAUACAAGUAAACGGACUUCAGAUCCACCGGUGCCAAAGCUUUUGAGAAAAAAUGGAAAGAAAUUACGCUAUCGACGACAGCCAUUUUCAGCCCGUAUGUUCGACUUUUUCGAUGCUGGAAUCAUGGAAGGGCUGCAUCACCGACUCCGCCAAAUAAGUACUCUAACAAAUGGCAAAAAUUGUAUAACAUUUCGAGGCGGAAUUACGAUGCGUCGCAAGAACCCGAGCGGACUUUUCGAAUGCUUUGUUGAGUGGGCACCACCUAAUAUAAUUUCAAAUGAAUGGCUUCCCGAAAGUAAUAUGCCUUAUAUUAAAACUCUUCCGAUCAAUCAAAUGCAACCGAAAGAAAAAACAAACGUUGAAUCAUUACUCAGAUCUGCAUAUCGACUGCCUCAUUCACCAAAUUUAUUUCAAAGUUUUCACUCCUUAAGUCGGCAAAAUUCACAGGAUUCUACAUCUACAAACAUCUAUAGUCAUUCUUCUUUAUCAACUUCUGUAGAUACAUCAGAAGAUACGAGUCGUAGUAGUAGUGUUUCUAGCUUAUGUAAUAUAAGUAAUCUUCCUUUAAAAUUUCCACAAAUAGAACUGAGACAAAAGCAAUCGCGUAAGCAACCAAAAAGGGUACAACCAUCGUGACCUUAAAUCGUUUAAUGUAAUGUUACAUGAAAAUAUAAAAAAAAUAUAUUGAUAAUAAGCACAUAAUAGGUAAAACAAAAUAUUGCAAUUACAAAUAACUUGUUUUCGUGCUAAGAAUUCGAACACAAAAUAUAAUAUUAUUGUCAAAAUAUUGUGUAUAUACAACAAAUAUGAAGAUAUUUUAAAUAUUUUACAAACUAAAAUGGGAACGCCAUUAACCGUACAUUUACACAAUUUGAACUGUUUUGUUUAAAUAUAAUAAUAAUAAUAAUAAUAAUAUGGUUUACAGUAAUAUUUCAAUUAUAAACUACAUAAUAAGCUAAAGUUUAGUUCACUUUAUAGUUUAGUUUUCCCUAGGAUUAGUUUAAAUAAUGAAAAAACUGUGUAAUACACAAAAUUACAAUACUUUAGUUGAAUUAUUUUUAAUAUAAUUAUGUAAUAUGUAUAAUCCUGACAAAUUUAUAGAAUCUUAGGCUAUUCUAUCUCCGUUUAAAUGUAUCAUUUAUCUACGCGUGUCCAUAGUAGACCAGUUACAAAGCCGUUUUCGGAGACAAAAAGUUGAAAAAAUUUUUAGCAGAAAAUGAGUUAUAGAAAUUUAGGAAAAAUUUAUAUAGAAAAAAAGAUCGAUUACAUCGCAACAAACGGCCGGAAGUGGGGCGGGAGAGGG